AGAGUCUCUACCCGUGAUUUCCAUUCUAAAAAUUAUCCUUCCUCCCGUGCCUACAGUCCUACACCUCGACGAUGCCAAAACCCUAGCGCAGCAGCGCGAACUACACCUCUCCCCGUCCUGUUCCUCGUGGCGCGGUAGCCAUGGCGGAGCCGGCCAUCCUCGACCCCUCCCCCUUCGAUCUCCGCCACUAUCCGGCGCACCUCUUCGACCCGGACAUCCCCCUCGCCGCCGCCGACUUCCCACUCGGUGAAUUCGCCGGAGACGACGGCUGUGAUGGCCUAGACUUCGACGUGCCCGUAGAUUUCUCUAUCGACGACUUCCUCCUCCGGUCUCCUGACCGCGGGCACGACGGCGACGACUCCGGCGAGGGCUCUGCUGCCGGAUCCGGCCCCACCGCAUCUUCCUUGGCCUCCCCGGCCACCUCCGGCACUAACUCCGCCGUGGCCAACGUCGGCAACCGCAAGGUGAAGCACGAGGACUCGGACGAGGGAAGGAGCGGCGCCACCCCGAAUUGGAGCCUCAAGCGGAAGCAGGUGAGUCCCGGAGAAGCAACCUCGGAUGGGGCCAAGUGCCGCCGAUCCGGCGAUGGGGAUGUUUCGCCAUCUGCAUCGGCGUCGCGUGCAGCCACGGAGGACUCCGAUGAGAGGGGCGUGGGCGGCGAGGAAGAGGACAAGCGCCGGACUGCGCGCCUGAUGCGGAACCGUGAGAGCGCGCAGCUCUCUCGGCAGAGGAAGAAGCGGUACGUGGAGGAGCUGGAAGAGAAGGUGAAAUCGAUGCACUCGGUGAUAAAUGACCUCAGUUGUAAGAUCUCCUUCAUCGCUGCGGAGAACGCCACACUGAGGCAGCAACUCGGUGGUGUGGGGGUGAGUGGACCACCACCUGGGGUGUAUCCACCGCCACCGCCAGGCAUUCAUUUCCCUUGGGUUUCUGGGUAUGCAAUGCGGCCUCAUGGCUCCCAUGUUCCACUUGUUCCAAUCCCGCGAUUGAAGCCGCAGCAUGCAGCAGCUGCAGUGAAGGUAUCCAAGAAACCAGAUGUCAAGAAGUCUGUGGAGAGCAAGAGUAAGACCAAGACCAAGACCAAGACCAAGAAGGUGGCAAGUAUUAGCCUUCUUGGUUUGCUGUUUGUUGCAUUUGUCUUUGGCGCUUUUGUUCCGGGGUUCAAUCAUAGUCUCGGACUGAGAGGAAGGAGCGACAAUGUGAUGUUUGGAAAUUUUGGCCAGUCUGAUGCUAGGGUGUUUAGUGUCACUAACCAUGGUAAAGGACCUAAAGGCAGUUUCAACAGUAGUGACAUGAUCAGUACUGAUCAUGACAUGAUGACUGGGCAUGAUGAUGGAGCGGGGCAGAAACACCGAGCUGCAAAUAACUCUAGUGAGAUCUUGCCUGCUUUGUUGUAUGUGCCGAGGAAUGGAAAACAUGUUAUGAUCAAUGGCAAUUUGAUUAUUCAUUCUGUGAUGGCUAGUGAGAAAGCAGUGGCACAUAAGGGCUCAAAUAGUCAGUCAGUUAAAGAUCACAAGGAGACCAGUGUUGCUAUAGCUCGCUAUCUGUCACCACCUGGAAAGGAUAUGAAUUCAAAAGAGAUGUUCCCGCCAGAUGCACCACUGCCACAAUGGUUCCGUGAAGGAAUGGAAGGACCUGUUUUGAACUCGGGAAUGUGCAGUGAGGUAUUUCAGUUUGAUAUUUCUCCAGCUUCGGCCAAAUCUGGUGGCAUUAUACCUGCUUCGGCCAAAUCUGCCUCAAGUGUCAAUGCUACCCAGAAAAUUCUGAAACCUUCUCCUGCUUAUAGGGGCAAGCUGAAAAACAGGAGGAUCAUGUAUAACGAGGCAAUUCCACUUACUGGAAAAACAGCGAACAACACAAAGCCUCAGGCUUUUAACAGUACUGCUGAAAGCAGCAAGGUACCUGAUACUGAUAGCAAGCCUGCAUCAUCAGUUAUCGUCUCUGUGCUAGCUGAUCCCAGGGAGGCUGGCAAUGGGGAUGGUGAUCCAAGAGUAUCACCAAAACCCCUCUCCAGGAUAUUUGUCGUCGUUCUGCUCGAUGGUGUCAGAUACGUGACUUACUCGUGCACACUUCCUUUCAAGAGUGCCAGCCCACACCUUGUGAACUAACCUUGGGGCCGGUGCAGCUUUCUGGUCCAUGAGCGGCUAAAUAGUUGGGGUUUUCUGAUGCAUUGGAGGUAGAUGAAUGAAUACAGUAAUGUGGUGUUGCUUGCUAACAAUGAAAACAGACUUCAAGACUCGCACUCGGCCUGAGGUAAUUUGAGUUUGUCGAAGGUUUGUAGUGUGGACUGGCGAAAUGUUGUGCAAGUUCAACCUUAACCCAUGAGGUUUGUGCUUCUAUGUAGUCGAGUUAUUAUACUCACCUCUUUCUCUGGUACUCUUUAUUGCGGAGCUGGAAAAUAUAACAGCUGAUGAGAGAAGACAAUAUUUGGAAAAUAACUUUGUACUAGUAUAUAUUAUAUAUAUAGUGUACUAUAUAUAGGGAUGUAAUAUGGUUCGGAAAAUAUCCGUCCGGAUCCGGAUUCUAAGAUGGUGAACACUGGUUCGGAUGGAAUUUUCGGAUAUGCGGACUUUUUUCUGGAUAACGGAUACGAAUACAGAUAUUUUGUUCGGAUAUCGAAUUCGAAUACAAUGUAUCGGAUAUCGAAUAUUCGGAUAUUUUCUCGGG